AUGGCACAAGACGCUGUUACAUUGACCGGGUCGUCUGAGUACGCUGUCCCUGGGGCUGAGUUUACACUGACGUGUGAUGUACCAGAUGAGGCCAAUGUUGUCCAGUUUUACCGCCGUCAUGACGUCAUUACUUCAGCAGGUGCUGUACAAGUAGGUAGUGACCAAUGCUAUAAUGUUGGGGUCAGCCCCGCCGUCCCCUGUACACCAGAUGUCUGUUCCUGUGUAACGUCUGGAGGCCUUGGUACAGUGUUCCGGUGGAUCAUACAGCCACAGACGGGAGACCAUGGAUCUGUGUGGUACUGUAGACGUACUAACAUUAACCUACCUAACCAAACACUGGACAGUGAUGACUAUACACUCAAAAUAGCAGCUGGUCCAGGGAAUUCUAUAUCCUUGUCACCGCUCGACACUACCUACACCAGGACAGAAGGUGACACGUUACCGGACAUCACCUGUACAGCGGACUGUAGACCUGGCUGUACCUUUGUCUGGACACGACCGGACAACACCAACUUCACUCUUUCACCUGUGUUGUCACUGGGACAACUAGACAGAUCAGAUCACGGGACGUACACAUGUACGGCUAGAAAUGAAGUCGGAGAGUCGUCGAUUUCUCUUGAUAUAACCAUACAAAAUCUACCUUACAUAGUCAUCAGCCCGUCUACAAACCCGUUCAUAGUUGCUGAAGGCCAGACUGGUGUAACCUUACAGUGCGCAGCAACUCCAACAAAUCCACCUGUAACGUCAAUAUCCUGGACCAAGGGGUCAACCGAGGUAUCGAGUACCGGUAUAUACAAUAUACCUACUAUAACACCAGGACACGCUGGAGUGUACACAUGUUCCGCCAGUAACACUAUUGGUACCACGACAGCCAAUAUCACAGUACAAGUUAUCUUGAUUCCAAAGGCACCAAAGAUACUCGGCAUCACGAAUGUGUCGUCAUCGUCACUCACAUUGAGAUGGACCCCCAGUGAACAGGUUACCUCAGAUAACACCUACAGUAUUACGUAUUCGUGUGAAGAAUGUGACGUUACAGAGAAGAUUCCUGUUGAUAUCGAAAACAAUGGAGGUUUCCAACUUACGACACUUACUGGUCUACUUAUAAACACCCAAUACUACGUAAACAUCACAUCGACUAAUACGAUUGGGACAGCUGUAUCAGCGGGAUUGAUUGCAGCAACUGCUACGUUUUCCACCUGCAACAUAUCAGGCAAUAAUUUUACGCCAGGUACCGACACUGUAAGUCGUACUACUCAGGAAACCGCUUCAUCUACUUCCAUUGCUCUGACUGUGGUGGGAGUUGUCCUCAUUGUAGUAGCAAUCAUUGGUUUUGGAGUUUCUGUAGUUGUUUACCGGAAGGGACGUUCACUCUGCAGAUCUACACGUCAGCAGGGAGAGGUACAACAGCCGGUUAUAUUCAGUAACAUACUUCAUUCCAAGGAAGAUACGACAUCAGAUCGGACGGAUGACAGAUCUCAUUACCAAGAACUCGACCCAAAAGACAUUGGAAAGCCAUCAUAUUAUGACAUCACAAACGGAAGUGAUACUGGCAAGAACGAUGCUGAAAGGGGUCACUAUCAAGAAGUGGACGUGGAGGACAUUGCGAUGUCAUCAACUUAUGAAAACACUGCUGGAGCUGAUACUGUAGUCGGUCACGAUGGAUCAAGAGUGAAAUCUACAGCCGUUUAUUCGGACACGUGACAGAAUGAACGUAAUUGAGGAUUUCCUAUGAAGGAUAUGAUCGGAACUGUACAAAAUAGACUGCUGCCAUCUCAAUACUACGACGUAAUGUGUGACUUUACAUACGAAAUUUAACAAAUAUUGUGGUUCAUUGUAAACGUGCGUGCAGCAUUAACUAAAUACUUUCAUAGUAGUUACCUUAUCACACCUUUAGGGGAUCUAUGGCUCUAUGAAUUUGUCCUGAAUCUCUCGAGUAUCAAGCUGCAGACCUGAAAAAGAAGGGAAAGCAGUCAUGACCCUUUACGACAUACACAUCGUUCACACAAAGUGUCGAUCUGAAGGGGGGAAAAACUACCCUCGGAGUAUUGUGUCACCACAUAAUUGGAUGGUAGGGUGUGACUUUACGUUCGUGAAAGGCUUUUGAUAUAACGUAGACAUACCUCCUGAAACAUUGAUGAUUACAAAGAGACCUCUGCUAGCAAACACUUCUAGAGAGAAACACAAAAAACACAUCUUUGAGAGAUGCAGGUUAAUGAAGAGUAUUGGAAAGCAUAAUGGCUGACAUCAUGAAGUCGUUACUAGUCUGUCUUUCCUUUUGUGACGUAUUCAAUGUUCUUAAGUUCACUGUUGAUAAGCCAUUAUGUCAGUAAAUCACAUACAAGUUAUACAAUUAUUAUUGUGAUGUCUUAAUUGCACGCUUUUGAUAACUAAGUUAUAACACAUGUAGUGUGUUACUCGCUACAAAGUCAUGAUCCGCCAUGUGUAAAUCUGUAUUGGCUAGUAACUACUGCAAAAUCCAUGUGAACAUUGGCCAUGUCCAAUAAAGGCGCGCUAUCGCUCAAAUGCAAGUUUGCGUGUUCUACAGAGUAUUGUCCUAUUCUUCAAGAUAGAGACGGAUCUGUAACACUGUGUAUAAAGUGGUUGUAUAUGUAUACGAAUUAACAAAUAAUUGUUUCAAAUUCAGAUUGGUUUGUUAGUCAGUCGCAUCCUAAAUAUCAGAAAAUUAGGCCUUAGCAUCAGUAAAGGGUUCAAAAAGAAAAACAUUAUGUAUUUAAAUUGAUUUUUUUUUUUGCUUUUUUGUUAAUCUCUUCUAUUAUAAUGAAUGGAUUUUUUUUCAUGAAUAUCUCUAGAAAUGCUAUCUGUAACGUUAAGAUGGUUUCUAAAAGUAAAUUUAUAGAUAAACAUUGUAUGUUAUAUAUACCAAGUGUACAUAUCAUUGUUGAUAUUAUCAGUAUUCUAAGACUAUCCAAGUAAAUUCUAACUGGUAUCGGUUAUUCAAUUUAUAAUUGUUUGACAAAUAAAAUCAUGUAUAUACGUAAA